GAAGGAUGUGGAGAUGACCGAAAACUCCGCUCGUAACCUCACCAAGACGACCAGUAGUCGCCCGCAGAGGCAGGUUGGAUAACCUCGUUACCCGUAGCUUUAGGUUUGCAUAGACUAGCCGCUUUAAUUUACCCGAGGACCGUUUAACUCACUUUUAAACCCGCGAUAUUGCCGUCGAGCUAACUUAGCGGCGGUUGAGCUAACCGGAGAACAGUAACAUGUAACGAACGUGAAAACGGCCAGUGCUACAGUUAGCUAGCCGCUUAGGUCAGUUUUAUCGUCCGUCUCUCGUUUGCUUAGCGUUUACUUCUUCGCUCGGUUUUUCCAGCCGAGUAGCAGGCAGGUAGGACUCACACCGAGGCUGGGGGCAGAGCAAGAUGUCUCGGAGACGGCUUGACAGUCGCAGCGGACUCGCCGCCGGGCUGCUCGGAGAAACUCAGACCCCGGUCAGCGCGGAGCCGAUGGAGAGCGUGUAUGAAAUCACCGGAGAGCUGGGGAGGGGGAAGUUCGCUGUGGUCAAGCGCUGCGUGGAGAAGGCCACGGGGAAAGUGUUUGCGGCCAAGUUUCUAAGAAAGAGAAGGAGAGGUCGUGACUGCCGGGCCGAAGUCAUUCAUGAGAUGGCUGUCCUGGAGGCUGCCCGUAACAACGCCCGGGUGGUCAACCUGCACGCCGCCUACGAGACGGAUCACGACAUCGUGUUGGUGCUGGAGUAUGCGGCGGGUGGAGAGAUAUUUGACCACUGUGUGUCUGAAGAGCUGCUGCCAGAAGCCCAUAUCACCCGUCUGAUCAGGCAGACACUGGAGGGAGUCCACUACCUCCACCAGAGCAACCUGGUUCACUUAGACCUCAAGCCCCAGAACAUUCUCCUGACCAGCCUGUCCCCUCCAGGAGACAUAAAGAUUGUAGACUUUGGCCUGGCACGCAGACUGGGUGCGGUUGGAGAGCUCAGAGAGAUUCUUGGCACACCUGAAUAUGUGGCUCCAGAGAUCCUCAAUUAUGAACCAAUCACAACAUCAACUGACCUGUGGUGAGUCCAUCCCUGCAGAAUUGUGACUGACUUCACCCGUUCCACCUUGAAGGUCUCUGUGCUGGGACCAGGCAGGGUCUGGAUUUAAAACUCAACCAGCUGCCAUAUUUAGAAAGUUGCAGACUGUGUCACAUCCAGCCUGCUGCUACCAAGAUUAUAACGGAUAAAGCAUUGCUCUGCUUCAUUGCUUCUGUAUGAAAUGUGGUAGAGUUGCGGUUGAGAAGUUUUAGAACAGAUCCAGUGACAUCAGUGUUUAUUGGUUAAAAGGAUAUUAUUUACUCUCUAAUUCAGUUUGGAUGGAGCUGAAGUGAA